GGGGGGGAGAUUUCAUGAUCAGAUUUGUUGCACAGGUGGCGUCCAAUGACAGUUCUACACGGGAAUUCACUGAGCUCCUGAGAGCCUCGUGCUUGAUUUUAUACACCUGUGGCCAGGCCAAGUGAUGAGAAGACUUGAUUCUGAUCAUUUGGAUGGUGAAUGACUGCUGGGAGAGCUGGGCUGCCCUGGGCAGACACCCACGACCUCAUCGUUCUGCCUGCAGAGUUUGUGCAGGGAGGAGGCCCAUCUACGUGAGAGCCACCCAUGGAGCUCUCGGCCUGAGACACACUGAGCCGGCCAGGAGGGGAAGUGGUACUACAUCAUGAGCACAACAAAAACCAGAAACAUCUGUGGUGUUUAUACAAGCUCAGCUCAAGGACAAACUAGUCGCUGUUAAAGAGGAACAAAUCAUCUCUGUCAACCGAACGACCGACGGAAUAGGUUUUGGCAGGUGUAGACUUGUAUGUCACAGAGGGAGCCAAGUGAAGGUGAUGGGUGCAAGAGAUUGCUUCACUUUCAUCAGAGCAAGGCGGCACCAUGAGUACAAGAAGCUGCUUUAGAGCGCUGUAGCUGUUUGGAACGACGGGAUCCAUCAGAGAAGGAGAGAAGAGGCUGUCCUGAGAGAAGAAACAUCUGCUCUGAGGGGAUAACAUCAGCCAUCCAGAUUGGAGCGAGGAACUUACCUCACCAUCUUGCUUUAAAGAGAUUUUGAGGAUUUGUUUGAACCGUCUGAGAGCAAACGCCAUGUGUCAUGUCAUUGUGACGUGCCGCUCCAUGCUGUGGACUCUGCUCAGUAUCGUGGUGGCCUUCUCUGAACUCAUCGCCUUCAUGAGCCCCGACUGGCUGCUGGGAUCUCCUCAUUCAGACACUGAGGGGAACGGAGUGGACUCUGGAGAAUAUAGAUCAUCCCUCGGCCUCUACAACCGCUGCCUCCGCAUCGGGGUGAGCUGUGGACCCUACGCUGAUACUUUUGGGGAAGUUGCCAGUGGAUUCUGGCAGGCUGCCAUGUUGUUUCUGGCAGCGGGGACGUUUGUGCUGGGGCUUGUGGCCUGCAUCUCCAUCUUCAGCCUGUGUUUUCAGAGCAUUUUGAAGAAGAGCAUAUUUAACAUCUGCGGACUGCUCCAGGCUAUUGCAGGUCUGUUGCUGAUGGUGGGCCUCAUGCUGUACCCUGCUGGCUGGGGUUCACAAAAGGUGAUUGUUUACUGUGGCGCUGAAGCUGCACCCUUCAGGCCCGCUAACUGCUCGCUUGGAUGGGCUUUCUACGCAGCGAUAGGAGGAACACUGGCUACCUUUCUGUGUGCCGUCCUGUCUGCACAGGCGGAGAUCGCCACCUCCAGCGAUAAGGUUCAGGAGGAGAUUGAGGAGGGCAAAAGUCUUAUCUGCCUGCUUUGAGCCAAAGCGGCCUGAAGACGUAAUGUGGACUCGCGCACGUCUCAGUGCACUUACAAGUCUUACAAGCUUCCUUUGAUGAAUUCUGCUGAAUCCUACGCAAGGAGAAUAACAAUGGUUUCGCUUUCUAGAUCUCGAGGUCACGCUCCCACAGUCUGUUUUCUUAUCUCAAACAAAGCACUGUACUUAUAAACCCGAUUACGUUAGUGAAUAACAUAGUGGUGUGAUCAAGGACAGAGCUAGCGCUGCUGGUGAGAUGAUGUGGAUGUUUAUAGCCUCAUAAUGAUGUUAAUCCCUGUGGUUCACCUGCAGACCCCAGCAAACCGCUAAUCAUAAGCAGAUGUUCUCAUCAACAGGCCCAACUUAGAUGUCAUCUGUCUGUAAUCAAGUAUCAACUCCUGCGAAUCCUUCAUUCUCCUACGUUUUAGAGUGAAUCUUCUGAAGCUGGGGCUCACUUCAAAGCAGGUUUUUUUUCCUGCCGGAUCGUUUGAUUGCUGAUUUGAUAACUUGGAAAAGAUGACAGAAGAGAUAGUUGGCAGAUUUUGUAAGUGAGUUAUGUGUUGCUGAUGCAGGUUGUGCAGCAGAGGUGCAGAAUUGCGUCACUUUUUCCACACCUUUGUUUUUUGGACAUUAUUUCAUGGUUGAUUUUCUUCAAGAUCUUACUUUUGGACUAUUUUCACUCACUAAUGGCACCCCAUGAUUUUUUUUUUUUUUUUUUGCACCUGCCCUGGUUUUUGCAUCUGGUUACUUUUCUGCUCCAUAUGUCACUGUAAGUGCUGCCAUUCCUGUGCUUUAAUUUUUAUGUAGAUGAGAUGUGCAAUAUUUUUGCGUCCAUUUUUUUUUUUUUUUUACUGAGAGUAAAUGGUCUCAGACAAUGAACUGUGUCUGCCUGCUUGUUUGAAUUAACAAGAAUGAUGUAUGCAAUGUGAUGCAAUGCAAUACAAUAUUUUUUAACUUAAAGUCCCACUCCAAUCAUCUUAAAUGUAUUUUAAACUUGUUUCCAGAGGUCUUAUAAUUAGAAUUAUGCAGUUUGUAACCAAUAUUUAUGCAUUAAAAAAAUGUGUCGCUUUCUAGGAUAUAGUUUCUGCAGAGCAGCAGUUGUUAAUUAAAAAUUUGCCUGAGUUGUGGGCGGGGCGUGUGGUGGUAAGCAAUCCCGCCCUUCUUGCUGCUGAAAGCUCUCUGUUUACAUGCUAGCUGCUAGCUUCACACCCCUCAACAUUACGAUGCAACAAAAAUGGAGAUCGAUUUUGGAACUAUACAGCCAUAGAGAUUUGAGUCAAAUGCCACUUUUAUGAGUAAAACCAGAACAUUAAUCUGGUCAUCUACAAGUGGAUGCAUCAGAAUGGAGCCUAGCAGGAAGGUGGUGGCCGACCCAGCAGAUUUUAUACACCACAAAUAAGCUCUUUUCAAGCUACAAUUUUUCCAUCUGCUCUUGAUUUACAAUGUUUUGAUUUGAAAAAAAUACCCAGAAAUUCAAUUUCAAGCUUAAUUUCCUAAAUGUAUGUACUCCAUCAUUAUUAAAUAAUUUAAGGACUUCAGGAAGGUUAUUUGCUGAAAACUGCUGGUUCUGUACCUUUGCUUUCAGAGGAAACACUGACACCUAGCGGUAGAAGGUAGAUAUUACAGAGAAUAUUUCAAGAACUUUUUGAGGGUUUUGUGUUAGUUUUGUCCUCAAUUAAAAAAAAAAAUAGCACAUCAAGUGUAACAUAAAAGAACAUCCAAAUAAAUAAAAUAUUUUAUGUGAUUCCAUAUUAUAAAUGAUACAAAGCUUCAUAAAAUUAGGUCUGCAAAUAUUUCUUUGAAAUUUUAUUUCAUGUUAAUACCAUAAAUAUACAAAACUGAAACUAUUUCACAUGCAACAAAGGCCAGACAGGGAGGAUUACUUUCUUUUUACAUGUGACUGAUAACAGGAAUCAAACUAUACAAAAUAUACAGGUGUCCCUUUUGGAUGAGGUUUUUCUCUGGUUCAGUGAAGUAACACGGUCACAAGUUGAAAACAGAGUCGUCUCAUGUCAGCAAACCUCUAAACAUAUUCUGUGCUGCAGACCAGCUCGCCAAAGAUAUGAAGAAAAAUACCACCAUGACAUGGCUUCAGAUAACAAUCGCUUCAAGAACAAAUACAAGGUGAUAUAGUGGGUGAAUUUGAGUUUUUUUUUUCUAGCCUAAAGCAGUAAAACGGGGGAACACAUCACAAAGCAAGAUUUGAAAACAAAUCCAUAUGGACAUUUGGUAGAUUUCUCACAGCUUUUCUGGAUAUAGAAUAACACUUUAGGGAGCUUAUUCUUUGUCUCAAACGUAUCGCGAUCAAACAUUCGCAUACAACAAGCACACUUCUUGCAGGACCAAUUUACAAAGUCAGUGUUUGCAGCCAAGCUGAUGCUGUGACCAUGUCGUUACAAAACCCCAUGACGGCAACAAAACUACAGACAACUGAAAUGCAACAACUUAAAUAACACCAUAAAUAAUAGUAAAAAAAAAAAAAAA